CCUUCGCAACCACAGGUGAAGAGCAAGGGGAAAAAAAACGAGGGGAAAAACAUUAUUCAGGAGCUUCGUUCCGUAUUGGCCAGCAUAGCUUCCCUGGCCAUAUUCCAUCCACUCGCUGGCUACCGAGCAGAGCCACCCAUCGACCGUCCAGUACUGCUGCCUGACGAACCGUCGAAAUGAGUGCAUCGGCAGACAAUGGAGGGGGGGACCCGUCCCCUACCGCAAGGGACAAGAACGGUGAGCUCCAAAAAAACACGUCGAGGAUCCGUCAGGGUGUGUCGUCUGCAAGUAGCAGCUCGACCAACAACAUCGGUAGACCCAAAAGGAAAAUACCCACUGCCAUUCGAUCGGCAAGGCCUUCGCGAGAGUCAUCGCCCGCCCGAUCGGCUGGACCAAAAACGCCACAAACGCAGGGACAACAGCAGCUUCCUGCCAGCUCCUUAGCCCCACACAUCGACUCCCACCAGCGUCCUUCUCAACCGCUGCCGAAUACCCCCCGCCUGGCGGUCUCCCGAACUCCACCUCCCGAUUCCCGACAGCCGCUGCCUUCACCUCGCAAACGAAGCGAGAAUCCCCCCCCUACUCCGACAUUUCAGCUCCGCCGGGAGGGCAGCAUCCAUAACGAGGAGCCGGAAGACGACCUCCCGGGAAUGAGGACACCGCGAAGCAACUCCGGUACAACGCUGGAAACUGUCGUCGAAAGUAGCCUCCCUGGAACCCCUUCGGUCGGAACAUUGAGGUCUCUGGAGGACUCGGUGGCAGCGCUCGUUCACCGCCAGCCAAGCAGUUCAUCGUUGGCAGGUAGCAGGAUAUCCGAGGAGGUCGACGACACCACCGAUUCCGCCUCCACCAUCACACGGAAGCGCGCAGAUUCGGUAUCUUCGUCUAUUGCCCCGACGGAAUCCGAAUCCGAAGCUGGAUAUAGGAGUGGUGACAGGACACCAACAUCAUCGUUAUACAGAGUGCCGCCCCCGGCAAGAGUUUUCGGACGACGGCCCACGGUGACGGGAAAGGAGCCUUCCUCCAAGGCUAUGACCGUGGAGACGGAGACGGUCAGCUCUGUUCCUCAGAUAGGUCUCGGUGCGGUGGGACCUGCCGGAGGUGCUAGCAUUAGGAGUAAGAAGAGCACGGACACCAUCAGGGCCUCUAGGAGGGAGAAGAAACGGGCAAUCAAACGAGCUAUGGCUGCAGGGCCUUCCAAUCCAUCCAGCAAAGUGGAAAUCUUUGCCGCAAAGAUCGCCGAAGCCGUGGAUGAGGCGUUUUCAUCAGAUUCGGAUGAGACAUUCGUCUAUGAGUCGAAUCCUCCAGAUGCACCCCACCACACCCAUCAAAGGCCUGCAAGUAGAUUCCAUUCCCGGACACCUAGUGCAACAUCCAUUGGACCGGAUUUGAGGGGGCAGAGGUUGCCCCUGAUGCAAUCAAUGGAGGGCACCAACACCGCUGGACGUAAGGGGAUGAAGUUCGUCAACAAUUCACUCAAAGAACCCGGUCUUGGAGGCGAUGGCGUGCCAAACGAUGGGACGAGUAGUGAGAGGGCAGGUGCUGGAAGUGCCAGGGAGCACCAGAUGCACGCUGAGAGGAGUGUUCGACACCACAAUGGACACCAGUCAACACUUAUAGAUGACAACACCUUCCACCGGUCACCCCACAGAUCGGCCCAUUCUGUGCGGAAUGCGGCCACCUCGAUCAUGUCGUCCAGAGGGUCAUCCCGGCCGCCAUCACCUAGACAUCCCGUGUUCCGGAAUGGGGCCAUCGCGGCCAACGGCGGCACUGGAGGAGGCAGGAAGUCACCAAGAACGCGUGUAUACGAGGCCGAUGUGGAAAACGGGGAUGAUGAGCACACGCCGCUUCUACAGCCCAAUCGCACACGACCGAGGCGAAGGCAGAUGAACGGAUCCGUUCGACAGAUGGAGCAUAAUGCACGACGCAGGGGCUGCUUUAGGACUUAUGCGGGAUGCAUUGUGGCCAUCAUCGCCAUUAUCUUGAUACUGACGGGUGUCGGUGGGUUCUUGGUGUCGACGACGAAUCCAUUACAAGGCGUUAGAGUCCUCAACGUCACGGAUGUCCUCGUCAGCAAACAAGAAAUCAUGCUGGAUCUCGUGGUGCAGGCGGUAAAUCCAAAUGCUAUUGCGGUGACAGUUGGGAAUAUGGACGUGAAUCUGUUCGCGAAAAGUUCACAUGUACGAGAUGGCGAUGGUGGCGAUGAUGGAGACGAUGAGGACCACGGUGGGGAUCACGAUGGGGACCACGAACCCAGCCACGAGGGCGACUGGUGGGAAGGCAGCUCAGUUCCGGGCCUGAAGAAGAAAGACACUGGCACUGAACACCACCUGGGACGAGUGACGAUCACGCUCCUAUCGAAGAAACUCUACCCGCCACCACGCCUACACACGCAAUACCACACAUCCGACAACGUCGACGAGGGCACCGACCCGCCAGACGACCUCCCCAAAGACCGGGAAACAAUGCUUCUCGGCCGCAUCUUCAGCUUCGAUUCCGGGCUAGUAUUUGAAGGCUCCCCGCUCCGCCGGAUGCCGUACAUCUCGUCGGGCGAACUCCGUCUGGCCCGCCCAGGAAACAAAACGGAAGAGGGCGGGACGGCCCGCUGGGAACGCGUGCUCAUGCAUCCCUUCGAACUCAUCGUCAGGGGCGUGCUCAAGUAUCAGCUCCCACUGAGCGGCCGCAUCAGAACUGCACCCAUCUCCGGCUCCGUCAUGAUUCAUCCCGGACUGAAUACUACUCCGACUACUCCGUCCGAAUGAUUGGGGGAUGCGAGAGUAGUGCACGAUACGAUACACACGAGAAACGAAAUGAUUGCAUGAUACAUAAAUAGAUGGUCGAGGAAGGGGGGGAGGAAGGGAGGGAUGGAUGGACCCGAUGGAGUGGGGGUUGUAGCGAGUGAGUGGCGCGCCUGACUGCGUGGGUCUUUCUUUUUCUCUGCUUUUCUUUUUUUCUUUUUUCUUUUAACUUUUUCUUUUUCUUUUGAUAUUGUGGGGAUUGGGGAUCGGAUUGGAUUCUUGUCAAGUGUGUGAAGCAAC